AUGGGGAAGUUAGCCAUUUGGGCAGUUGUUCUCAGCGCCUGCGUGGCUUGUUCUUGUGGUUGUUUUCAAUGUCUUGUAGAUGUUGAUGACAGUCUUCGCUUGUGUUGGGGACAUGUUCUUUCCAAAUAUGGGGUACGAAACAUGGACUCUUGUUUCCGUACAAUCGAUCGGAUUUUCAACCAUGAACAGAAAGUACUCCAGGCUGGUAGAGUCGGGGGAGGCUAUGACAGACAGCUCCGGAAUAUUCUGCAAGCAGAGAUCAUGCCCCUUGUGGAAGAAUUUGCUGAGAAGUUAAAUGCAGACUCUGUGUACGAAGAGAGGCUACAGGCGGCCGCGGGUCGUUUCAUCGCCGCGGCCUCCAAACUGCCUCGAGCUACUGGAUGUGUCCCACCCUGUGGUUUUCAGGUGUCAGGAGCUGUUUAUAACUGUGUCACCUGCCAGUACGACAGCUGUGAAUACCCUCUUGACUGUCCCAUGGUGGGCCUCACAGUCGGGGAGAGCAACAGCACAGAGAUGCGAUGUGACGUCCAGUUUCCCUUGCCGAGUGACAUAGAGGUCAUCUGGAGGUUUGCCCCUGAGGUGAGAACUCUGCAGGUGGAGCAGUUUGGGCUAGUGACGGUGGGGGAGGAUCGACUGUACUCCAUAUCCUCCGCCCGCCCCCACCACCAGGGCACUUAUCAGUGUGAGGUCUUCUCCCUGCAGCGCUCCAUCGUCAGAACCUACCAGCACCUCACAGUGAUCCCUCUGGUCCUGGGUGCCCAGGCUCGGCUGCAGGGGGUCUUUGACGUGGCUCUCCUUCCGGGAGGGCAGGUUCCAGCCCAGCCUGUCGGACCACCCCGUGACCUCGCCCCAACCCCAUCUUCCAGCCUGCCGCUGCUUCCCUCCCCGCCACUGAUGGCUGCCUGUCUCACGACCCUCCUUCUGCUGCUGCUCCUCCUGACCCUGGGGUAUACGGCCUGGUGGAUGACAAUGACCAGAGAUCAAGCACCAAGAAUAAUACAAUUACUCAUUUAAGAUGUUCAAAAACAGUGUUUUUAGUUUCUAGUCAUCUAGUUUGUCUAUAGUAUUUCACCACUAGAGAACACCAGUAUGAAGGACAAACCUGUAUUAUGGUGAAAAAAGUAUCAGUGGAUUGUACUGUUACCCUUUCUGCAUCUGUAGUUGUUUUUUCCUUAAGGUCAAAUAAAACCAGCUUGAAGUUAAAUUAAUGACAUGAUAGCAUUGCAGUGGGAGAAACCAAGGCAAUACAUUUUCACAAGCUUUUCUCUCUGCAGCUUUCCUAGAUAAUGACUUUAUGUUUGUUCCUGCUAAGAUGCUUUAUGGUUUUAAGAUUUCAUUGUUAGGUGUAUGAACCGAUGAUUUGUAUUAUGGUUCUUAGCCAGGGGUGGAAUUGUUGGUGAAGGACCUUCCAUUUACUUUCUCUUUGUGAUGAACCUUGCACUUGGGACACUUUUCUGCACAGAAAUGCUGGAAUAAAAGAUAAGAUUAUUUUGCUAGGUCAGGUUCCUUAACUCCUUUCAAAUGGACUUCUCUUGAUAUUUUUAAAGUUAUAUGAGGCUUUUCUACCUGAUGCCUUGAUCCUUAAAAAAAUAAAAAACUUUGCUAAAGAAAAUGCUCCCAACUCAAUCUUUAAAACAUUUUAUGAUCUAACUACCUGAUUAAUUAAAUUUUAUUGUUUUCAGUCUGAAUAUCUGUGCUGGUGGUUUCCCCAGCAUUGAUCAUUGCACAGCAAAGGAUAACAGAAAAAUGUCUUGUCAUAGAAAUACAUGAACUUUGUUCAUGU